AAAACAAUUCAUAUUGAAGAACACGUUUUUCAAGCACGGAGAGGCUGAGAUCUGGAUGAGAGAUGGAGUUCAUGUUUUUCUUUGUGCUGUUGGUAGCCCUUGGAGCUCAUGCUGAGCAAUUGGGUCGUGUAAUACGAGCGUAUCCAGCUAGCGAUGGUCAGGUCAAUUAUCUCAAUAAUCUAGCCGACAACAACAACCUUGGUCUGGACUUCUGGACACACCCCUCUCAUCCUGGCAAACCCGUGGACAUCCGCGUAGCCCAUGACAACCAUGAUCAGCUGACCAAGCUACUGAAGUCUCAAGCUAUUGAUUUCAUCAUACAAAUCCCCGACGUUGAUGUGGCUAAAGCAAUGCAAAAUCCAGCGGGGUCUUCUAGAGCUGGUGUUUUCGACUAUUUUCGCUACAACACUCUUGACCAGAUUGUGGCUGAGAUGGGACGCCUAGUGCAAACUCGACCUAACAUCGCAUCCAUGUUCAGUGUUGGAACAUCUUACCAAGGAAGACAGAUGAACGCAAUCAAGCUCAGUUCUGGAGCAGGCAAGAAGACUCUCUUCAUGAACUGUGGUAUUCAUGCUCGUGAGUGGAUCACCCCGGCAACCUGUAUGUAUAUGCUGAAUCAGAUUAUCACUAAGUAUGGGUCAGAUAGCAGUAUAACAGCAAUGCUUAAUAAACUGGACAUCGUCAUCAUGCCUGUACUGAAUGUAGAUGGUUACGUGUACACAUGGACUUCGGAUCGCAUGUGGCGUAAGACAAGGUCUCCCCAAGGCAACGGUUGCUAUGGAGCUGACCCAAACAGAAACUUUAAUGCCAAAUGGGCAGGACCUGGCACAAGCAGCAAUCCAUGCAGAGACACUUACCAUGGGUCGAGACCUUUCUCUGAAAUAGAAACACGAAACGUUGCACAUUAUUUGUAUGGCAUCAGGUCAAAGCUCGUAGGGUACCUGGAUAUCCAUGCUUACAGUCAGUUAUGGAUGACCCCAUGGGGGCAUGCUAGAGGCGCCUAUCCACCAACCUACCAAGAGAUGAUGCGUGUUGCUAAUAUAGCAGUCCGAACUCUUUACGGGGUCCAUAGAACGUCGUACCGAGCUGGUUCAGUGGCUGACAUUAUCUAUGCUGCUACCGGAGGUACGAUGGACUGGGUGGCUGGUACCCUUGGCGUGACGUACUCCUAUGGACUGGAACUGAGAGAUAAAGGUAGAUAUGGGUUUUUGCUCCCAGCCAAUCAAAUUCGCCCGACAGGAGAGGAAACCUUUGCAGCCAUCAAAGCUAUGGUUCAAGAGAUGAGAAUCUGAUUAAACUGUUCAACAUUAUAUAACAUUUGAACUUCAAAUAAAGCUUAUGUGAUAACA